AUGGUACUCGCCGAUAAAGGAUUCCUGAUCCAUGACUUGAUGCCGGCUGGUGUUUCUCUAAAUCUUCCUCCUUUUCUCACUACUCCUCAGUUUACCGCUGCUCAAGCAAAUGUAACUGCCCGCAUCGCAAGAGCUCGGAUCCAUGUGGAGCGAGCCAUACAACGCAUAAAGAUCUUCGCCAUUCUCGACUACAUACCCUACCAGUACCGUUCUUUCUCCAGCGAAAUCUUCCAAGUCUGUGCAAUGCUAACUAAUCUUUGUAAUCCUCUCCUGAAGGAGAUUGAAGCUGGUGACCUCAGCGCUGAUCCUGCAUCAGAAACUUCUGAGCACACCGACAUCUCUACUCUCACACCACUGCAAACCCCUGCUGCUACGCCAUCACAGAAACUGCCCAUCACACCCGACAUGGUGAAUCAGUUAUUCGCAGUCCUGUCAGCUGCAGACCCAUUAGCCAAAGCACCAGCACCGUCAGUAUCAGCCGCAGCACCGUCAGCCAAAGUACAGUCAGCAUUAGCCACAGUACAGUCAGCAUCAGCCGCAGCACCGUCAGCCACAGUACCGUCAGCAUCUGCCGCAGCAGCAGUACCGUCAACAUCUGCCGCAGCAGCAGCACCGUCAGCAUCAGCCAUCACACCCGACAUGGUGAAUCAGUUAUUCGCAGUCCUGUCAGCUGCAGACCCGUUAGCCACAGCAGCAGCACCGUCAGCAUCUGCCGCAGCAGCAGUACCGUCAGCAUCAGCCGCAACAGCAGCACCCCCAGCAUCUGCAGCAGCACCGUCAGCCGCAUCAGCAGCACCGUCAGCAUCUGCUGCAGCACCGUCAGCCGCAGCAGCAGCAUCGUCAGCCGCAGCAGCAGCACCGUCAGCCGCAGCAGCAGCACCCGCAGCACCGUCAGCCGCAGCAGCAGCACUCGCAGCAUCUGCUGCAGCCGCAGCUUCACGGGUCUCCCUGGACACAUUGCAUUAUUUGCCACAUGACAUGUGCCAGUCUGGAAUGGAUGGGCGGCAAUGGAGCAAUGCCUGCACCAUCAUUGCAUGUCUACAGGCCUGGAAGUACCUGACUGUGCCCUACCCCAUACAGCCAUUGUCAUCUGCCGAAGUCACGAAGAGAUUUGUAAACAGCAUGAGAGAGGGCAAUCGACUGUAUGAUGAUGCCAAGUUGGGGAACAAUCUCCUUGCCAUUUAUGAUGCGCUUGAUGUCAUACCAGGAAGUGACUGUCUGGUGUAUCUGCAGCACAUCCUGGGGACAUGA